AUGAUUAAUAGAUUAGAUAGCAAUCAAAUCAUGCCAAACUACGAUUAUACAGAAGAAGAGGAGUUGGUCACUUGUCUCGAAGAUUUCGAGCCACCCGUACAACUCGACACUUCACUCGCCAAGUUCAUCAUUGUCGACGGUAUUCCCAUCGCCAACGAAGCUAAACAUGAGAAAUUAGAGAGUGUUCUCAAGAAAAUCUACGGUCGUUUCGGUACAAUCGUUAGUUUCACAAUGCCAUUAGACGCAAAGAAAACAACUAAAGGAUAUUGUUUUGUUGAAUAUUCAGAGAAAGAUUCAGCUGUCGAAGCAAUCAAUACAAAUAAUGGUGUAUAUCAAUUGGAUCAGGUUCACAAAUUGAAGGCAACAGCAUUCGAGGAACACUCGAAAUACUCGAAUUUGAGUGAGACCUACGUCCCACCAAAAGCAGAGGACUUUGCACAGACCAAUACAAACUACUACGAAUGGCUCUACUCUGAGCGUUCGUUGAAGGGAUUCGAUCAGUUCGCGCUGAGCUACGGUGACAACACUGAGAUCUGCUGGAAUGAGAUGAAUCUCGGUAAGCCAAUCACAGAGAGUCUCCAAUCGAAAUGGACUCAAAGCUAUGUACAAUGGUCGAAUUCCGGUGCCUACAUGGUCACCAUCCACAAGGAGGGUGUAAAGCUGUACGGUGGUGAGAACUGGCAACAAGCCGGUUUCUUCAAGCACCAAAACGUGCAACUCGUCGACUUCUCACCAGAGGAUAAAUAUUUGAUUACUUUCUCAUCGCCAGUCUCUGACAAUCCAAAGGACAGCAAUUCCAUUAUCGUCUGGGACGUCCGUUCCGGUAAGCGUCUGCGUUCGUUCCCAUCGCCACCAAAGGAUCAAUUCAGUUGGCCAGCCUACAACUGGAGUGCCAAAGACAAGUACUUCUCACGUCAAUUCGAAGACAAGGGUAUCAACAUCUUUGUCGCCUCCACCUGUAACAUGUUGAACGAGAAGACCUUCCCGAUCGCCAGAUUAAAGUCGUACUCGUGGUCACCAUCCGACCCAUAUCUCUGCUACUUUGUGCCAUGCACUGACACCAUGCCAGGUCGUGUCUGUAUCCUCGAGGUGCCAUCGAUGAAGAUCGUCGCCGAGAAGAGCAUCUGGCACGCCACCGACGCUCGUAUGCAUUGGCAGAACCAAGGUGACUACCUCUGCGUCAGAAUCGACAAGGUCGUUCCAAAGUCCAAGAAGAAUCAACCAGUCACCACCUCUUUCGAGUUGUUCCGUAUGCACGAACCCAACUUCCCAAUCGAGAACUUUGAGGUUCCAUCGAUCACCAAGGCAUUCGCCUGGGAGCCACGUGGAAAGAAGCUCUGUAUCAUCCACGGAGAACACCGUCAAGACAUGACCGUCUCCUUCUUUGAAGUCCAAAAGAACAAGGUAGCACUGCUCAGCAAGCUCGAGCGUAGAAAGUUGAACUCUGUUUUCUGGUCGCCACGUGGAACCUACGUUGUUCUCGCACAAGUCGGUGACACUGGUGAAUUGGAAUUCUACAACACUGCCGACCUCGAAACAAUGUCCACCAACGAACACAUCAAUUGUACAUCGGUCGACUGGAAUCCAUCGGGUCGUUUCGUCACCACCACCGUUUCAUUCUUCAAGGUUCAAACCGAUACCGGUUUCCGUAUCUGGACAUUCGCCGGUGAGCCAGUCUACUCGUUGCUCAAGGAUCGUUUCAAGCAAUUCAUUUGGCGUCCACGUCCACCAAUGAUUCUCUCAAGCAAACAACUCAAGACCAUUCGUUCCAAGUUGAAGGAGUACUCACAGCAAUUCAAGGAGCUCGACGACCGCGAUAUCAAGGCCAAGAUGGAGGAGGAGAACGCUCGUUUGGAUCAAUUGAUGCAAGAAUUCGUUGCUCUCUUGCAAAAAGGAGAAAGAGAAUACCAAGAGACCGCCCCAAUCAGAGCCAAGAUGCACAUUUCCGAAGAUGUCGAUCCAAGAGACGAAUACCAAGAUUUCGAAAAGGUUGAAGAGAUUGUUGAUAUGACUGUCUCAAAGAAAUAA